AUGUACCUAUAUAGUAUAGAAUUCAAGUUACCCAAGUCAGAUACUUGUAAAACGUGCGACCAGAUGAAGAUAAAAAUUGAUACUUUGAAGCAAAACAACAAUGCACAAGAAGUACAAGAACUAACCAGAACACUAGAGGUUCAUAAGAUCAGAGCUAAAGACUUGCUUAAAUUGGAAGUAGAUAGCUCGAAACGUGUUAAAAAUAAGUUAGUAAUAUCAUUCGACUUGCAGCAGGCCAUGCCAAUACCAAAAUUAACAACAGGACCUGCGUUCUAUUGCCGCAAAAUCUGGCUCUAUAAUCUCAGAGUGCAUGAUUGUACGAAUGAGAGGGGUUAA